AUGUAUGAUAGUAAAUUAUUUAAGAGACUGCUGUACAAGAACACCGGAUUAAUAAUACUCGGAACCUUUAUAUCAAAUAAUAUUAUCACUUUGAGAUGGGUAGAUGAAGAUUCCAUGGCUCCAAUACUGUGUCCUUCGCCUAAUUUUAGAGAUAUCGUCGUGGUACUCAGAGCUACCAAAUAUCACAAAAAUGAUGUAAUAAUGUAUAAUAACCCGAACACGGGGAAGGAGUCAUUUGGAAGACUGACGUCAUUCAACACAUCGCAACAAAUUGCAUCGAUGCAAAAUAAGAUUCCAUCAGGACAUUGCUGGAUCGAAAAUGAUAAUCCAAGAUCUGAUUCAGGUGAUAGUAAUCAGUUUGGGCCUAUUCCACUUGGGUUAAUUAAGGGUUAUGUGCUUGCUACAGUAUUUCCUCCAUCAAGGGCGAAGGUUAUGAUUAACUAG